AUGAGGGUCCUAGCUUGGAAUUGUAGGGGGGCAGCCAAGCCGUCCUUCAUGUCCUCCUUCAAACGGUUAGUACAAGUUCACUGCCCAGAAAUCUGCGUCCUUAGUGAGACCCGGCUAUCUGGUGAGGGGCUUGCACGUCUGAGACGACGUCUGGGGAGGGACUGGGAGACAUAUGCAGUCGAGCCCCGGGGGUUGUCGAGAGGUAUCCUGCUCCUGUGGAGGCAUGGGGUGGCGACCUUUGAUGUCUUCCAUAACUGCUCCCAACAGGUAGUUAUGGUUGUAUCGGCACCUGAUGCUCCUCCGUGGGUUUUGUGUGGGGUGUAUGCGAGCACGAAUUACAGGGUCAGGAGAGUCCUCUGGCAGGAGAUUACCAGUCUCACUGCCCAGGGUGUCCCGACAGUUGUAGUUGGUGAUUUCAAUUGCAUCCUGAGUUCGGGUGACAAGAGGGGAGGGGCAGCCUUCACGGAUAGAGUGGACAGGAGGGAGUUCCACGAUUUUGUGUCACGUACGGGCCUGGUGGACUUAGGUUACUCAGGACCUCAGUUUACUUGGUGCAAUAAUCAGCUUGGCAGUGCUAGGGUUAGGGAGCGUCUGGACAGGGCCUUUGCGUCCCCAGACUGGUUUCUUCUUUUUCCUACCUGCAGGGUUACUCACUUACCUCGGAUCGCCUCGGACCACUGCCCCCUGCUGAUUUCUACAUCAUUGGGACCCAGGCAUUACAGCCCCUUCCGCUUUGAGAAGGUUUGGCUAUCGUACCCCCAGUCCUGGGAUAUUGUACGUGACGCAUGGCGCCUCCUGGUGCGUGGAGAUGCUAUGCACCGGGUGUCGCGCAAACUAGAGUUGGCCAAGAGGCGUCUCCGGCGAUGGAACCGCGAGGUUGUGGGCGAUAUCUGCCGGAGAGUGGAGGGGGUUGAGACCGCGAUCACCGAGUUGCAAUGGACGGAGGAGGAGGAGUCCGACGACAGUAACCCCCUCCCUCCUCCGAAGGUGGAUGUGAGGAUCGAGGAUGAUGAGAACGCAGCCCUGGUCCGACCGGUGUCGGCACAGGAGGUACAGGAGGCAGUCUGGGCUUUGGCUCAAGACAAGGCUCCGGGACCAGAUGGGUUCCCCUCGUUCUUCUUUCAACGAUAUUGGGGUAUUAUUCAGACAGCGGUGGUAGAGGCCAUUCAGUGCUUCUUCUCCCAGGCGGUGAUGCCAGGGGAUUGGAAGGCUACCUUCAUCACGCUCAUUCCGAAGCGUCAGGAGGCGGCCGAGCCCUGCCACUUCAGACCCACUAGUUUGUGCACAACCUUGUAUAAGGUAGUGGCCAGAAUUAUGGUUCGAAGGAUGAAGCCCCUUCUGCCUGGCAUCAUCAGUCAGGAGCAGGGGGCGUUUAUAGCUGGCAGAAACAUUUCCCAUAAUGUUUUGCUGGCUCAGGAGAUGAUGUGGGACCUUCAGCGAGCAUCGAAGCGACAUAGCCUGAUGGCUAUUAAACUGGAUAUGGAGAGAGCUUAUGACAGGAUCAGAUGGAGAUUUCUUCAGCAGACACUGGAGGCGUACGGAUUCCAUAGGCAGUGGAUCGGUUGGGUGCUGGGGUGUGUCAGGGGGCCAAAGUUUUCGAUUUUGGUCAAUGGCACACCUUCUCCUUUCUUUGAGUCUACCAUGGGGCUGCGUCAGGGAUGCCCUUUAUCUCCUUAUUUGUUUAUUCUUUGUGCUGAUAUUUUGUCUCGUGAUUUGCAGAGGGUGUGUGCCCGUAGGGAGCUGGAGGCCUAUGUUCCCGCUCUGGGGGCUAGUCCUCUUUCCCACUUACUCUUCGCUGACGAUUGUCUUCUUUUGGCCAGGGCACGGGUUUCUGAUGCACGGGUCCUUCGUAGGGUGGUAGCAGAUUACUGUAUGGCAUCGGGCCAGAGAGUUAACUUCCAAAAGUCAGCUGUCCGCUUCAGUCCGAGUACGGAGAGCAGGGUCAGACAGGAGAUUCGUGGGAUUCUGCAGAUUCCUGAGCAGGAGGAGACAUUGACCUACCUGGGAGUUCCCAUCACAGGCCGCAGAUUACGAGUGGCAGAGUGUUCCAGCCUGGUGCAGCGGGUAGAGAGCAGGUUGGAGGGAUGGAGAGCAGUUUUCCUAUCUAUGAUGGGGAGACUGACUUUGAUCAGAUCAGUGUUGGGGUCCAUGCCAGUUUAUCUCAUGGCCAACACUGUGGUUCCGAAGACGACCUUACUGAGGAUCGAGCGACUGUUGCGGUGCUUCCUGUGGGGGUUACAUGGCGGAGGCCGCGGGGUGCAUCUGGUAGCCUGGGAGCACGUUUGCCGGCCUACCAGUGAGGGCGGUCUCGGGGUGCAGUCCCUGCUGGAGCGUCGCGAGGCUUUCAUUGCUCGGCAUGCAGCUCGGUUCCUGCUAGAGCCACACGGGCUAUGGAGUCAGGUGAUGGCUGCCAGAUAUGGACACGACGGCUCAGAGGUGGCAUGGAGUGGGCGGCGAGUCUCCUUCAUGUGGCGUGAGAUUGGGAGGUAUGUGCCGACGGUCUCGGCAAAUACCAGGUGGAUAGUCGGCGAUGGAUGGAGUAUUGAUGUGACUGCGGACCCAUGGGUGGACACUGUCCCACUGAGGUGCUGGCCGACCAUGAUCGAUGCUGCGGCUGCGGAGGGACUGCGGGUUUUUGAUCUUCUGGCCCCAGGAGAGUCAGCAUGGGAUGAUGCCAGGUUACGUCAGCUGUUCGGGGGACACCUAGCUGAGAGGAUCCGGUCUCUUCCGGUGCCAGGUUGUGGGGGGCCUGAUGUCAGGGUUUGGGGCACCUCAUGCCGAUCCAGGGUCCGACUGGGAGAUCUCGCCGGUGUUAUCCAGCAGGAGCAUGAGCCAGGGCAGGACUACACUUGGAUCUGGAGGUCAGAGCUUCACCCGAGGGCUGCACUCUUCCUAUGGAAGGUGGCGUGGGACCAUCUUCCGACGAGAGCAGCGCUGAGUAGGUGA